AUGGGAGGCUCGCGAGCUCAAGUAAACAAGCCCCACAAGACGCGCUUUGCCUCCAAAUCUUCGCGUAAUCUCCACAAAACUUCAGAUAAGAGUAGGAUUGGCAAAUCAGAGCACAAUGUUGCCAAGGGAGCUCGGGCAGCUCGAGUUCAACGUAACAAGAUGUUACGAGAACAGAAGCGGGCAGCUCUUUUGAAGGAGAAGAGGGCUUCAAGUGGAUCAGCAAGUGCUCCCCGUGUGAUUGUUUUGUUCGGGCUUUCUGCUGAUGUAAACCUAAAUUCACUUGCCGAGGAACUUCUUUCUUUGUUAUCUCCACAAGGUUAUGAUGCCGCCUUGCCAACAGUUGCUUCUGUUGAAUAUAAACUGAGAACAACGGUAUUGAAAGCACCUCAUGGGGAUCUGCUAUCAUGCUUGGAAAUGGCCAAGGUUGCUGAUCUCAUUGCUUUUGUGGCUUCAGCGAGCUCUUCAUGUGAAGGAAGCACAUCUGACUACAUUGACUCAUUUGGAAGUCACUGUCUUUCUGUCUUUAGGUCCCUUGGUUUACCGAGCACUGCUGUGCUAAUUCGUGAUCUACCUACUGACAUGAAAAGAAGACAUGAUUCAAAGAAAACAUGUACUUCUAGUCUUGCUUCUGAAUUUCCUGAGGAUUGUAAAUUUUAUCCAGCUGACACAAAGGAUGAGUUGCACAAGUUCAUGUGGCUCUUUAAGGAGCAAAGGCUCUCAGUUCCUCACUGGCGAAGUCAACGGCCUUACCUGAUUUCUCAGAAGGUUGAUAUGGUAGCAGAUGAUUUCAAUUCGGGAAAUUGUACCCUUCUCCUUACUGGAUAUCUGCGUGCUCGCAGUCUUUCUGUGAAUCAACUGGUUCAUGUUUCUGGUGUGGGAGAUUUCCAGUUGUCCAAAAUGGAAAUUCUCAAGGAUCCAUUUCCUUUGAAUGCAAGAAAAGAGCAGGAUUUCAUGGAUUCAGAUGAAGUGUGUGACGUAGAGGUCCUCCGUUCUUUAGUUCCCGAUCCUAUGAGGCAGGAGCCUUUACUAGUUGAGAAUGUUCCCGAUCCCCUGGCAGGUGAACAGACAUGGCCAACAGAGGCAGAAAUGGCUGAGGCUGAAAAAAGUCAGAAACAAAAAAAGAAGAAAAAGAGGACACUUCCUCGAGGCACUUCAGAAUACCAGGCUGCUUGGAUUGUGGAUGGUACAGAUGAAGAGGGAUCAAGUACUGAUGAGGAUGAGGAAGCUGAUGGUAUGGUAUUGGAUGAGGGGGACAUUGGUUAUCCUGGUCAAGAGGGCACCAAUUAUUCGGAUCUCAGUGAUGACCAAGCUUCUUCAAGCUUUGGGGACUCUGAUGGAGAAACUGAUGUUGAUUCAGUAAUGAUGGAAGGUGAAAACUUGACCAAGGAACAGUUGGCGAAUGAAAUUCAAAAAAUAAAGCAAGCACAUGCUGAUGAUGAGGAAUUUCCAGAUGAAGUGGAUACACCAUUAGACAUUCCAGCAAGAAAACGUUUUGCAAAGUAUAGAGGCCUCAAGUCCUUUAGGACCUCUACAUGGGAUCCCAAAGAGUCUUUGCCUCUGGAGUAUGCCAGAAUCUUUGCAUUCGAUAAUUUCAAUAGAACACAGAAAAACGUCCUUGCUAAAGCUUUAGAUAUGGAGCAACAAAACAGGGAUGACUGCGCCACUGCUAGCUCAUAUGCAAGGCUGUAUAUCAAAGACGUGCCAACUAGCGUUGCUUCUAAAUUAUGUAAUCAGGCAAAGACAAUGCCUGUUACAGCAUGCGGUCUUUUGCAGCAUGAGUCCAAGAUGUCUGUACUACAUUUCAGCGUAAAGAAGCAUGACUCAUACAGUGCUCCUAUCAAAGCCAAAGAGGAAUUAAUAUUUCAUGUUGGGUUUCGCCAAUUUAUUGCUAGGCCAAUAUAUUCUACUGACAACAUGAAUUCAGAUAAGCACAAAAUGGAGAGGUUUCUUCAUGCAGGACGUUUUUCCAUGGCUUCAAUUUAUGCUCCGAUCUCCUUUCCUCCUCUUCCUUUGAUAGCUUUGAGGAGUUCUGAGGGAGCGGGCACUGCACCUGCAGUUGCUGCUGUUGGUUCACUGAAAAGCAUCGACCCUGACAGAAUUAUACUAAAGAAGAUUACUUUAACUGGUUACCCUCAACGAGUAUCAAAACUAAAAGCUUCUGUAAGGUAUAUGUUCCAUAAUCCAGAGGACGUGAAAUGGUUCAAGCCUGUGGAAGUGUGGACCAAAUGUGGUCGUCGGGGUCGCAUCAAGGAGCCUCUUGGUACACACGGGGCAUUGAAAUGCAUCUUCAAUGGAGUCCUCCAACAGCAUGACACAGUAUGCAUGAGCUUGUACAAGCGUUCGUAUCCCAAGUGGCCGGACCACCGGUUCCCCAUUCUUGAUGCUUGA